AGAGAUCACUUUUGUAACUGACCGGGAAAAGCAAAGAAAAGGCAUCAAUGAAUCAGUGAGCAUCAGUGUUAUACGAAUGGUCCAGUUUAACCCGUGCAUCUGGAAUCAGAGAUUCCAGAAGUAAAGAGUCGCUUACGAGGUAAAGACGGCGCCUUGCAGCUCGGGAGAGAAGAGACUGGGAGCUGUUUAUAUCUGUCGUGGAAUGUCUGAAUAGUCAUCAUGCUGGUAAAAGGAAGGUGAACCCACGCACGGGCUCAUUAAAGCGUUUCUCAUCUGUGAAGACGUAAAAGACGUAAUUAAGGUAAAAUAAUCUAAACCCUCUGAAAAGUUUGGACUAUGUAUGUUUUAAGAGCGCUGUCAGUAGUCUGCCUGCUACACUCUGGUUUCACGCAGUCCUGGGACUGGCUGAGCCCAAACCAAGUGGAGAGCGAGCCACUGCAGUCCAAAGGCGCAGCCGCGUUUAAGCGCAGGCAACCUCCGCAUAUUAUAUUCAUCCUGACAGAUGACCAGGGCUUCAACGACAUCGGGUAUCACAGUACGGACAUCCGCACGCCAACGCUCGACAAGCUGGCAGCGGACGGGGUGCGACUGGAGAAUUACUAUGUCCAGCCGCUGUGCACGCCGUCCCGAAGUCAGCUGAUGACGGGCAGGUAUCAGAUUCAUACUGGCCUCCAACACUCCAUCAUCCGGCCGCGCCAGCCCAGCUGCCUGCCGCAGGGUCUGGUGACGCUGCCCCAGCGGCUGCAGCAGGCAGGCUACUCCACUCACAUGGUGGGCAAGUGGCAUCUGGGCUUCUACCGGAGGCACUGCCUGCCGACCCGCCGUGGCUUCCACACCUACUUUGGGUCCUUGACGGGCAGCGUGGACUACUACACCUACGGCUCCUGUGACGGCAAGUCCCUCUGCGGCUACGAUCUCCACGAUGGCGAGUCGGUGGCAUGGGGCAGAGGGGGCAAAUACUCCACCCACCUCUACACCCAGAGGGUGCGAAAAAUCUUGGCCACGCACCAGGCGUCUCAGCAGCCUAUCUUCAUCUUCGUCUCUCUGCAGGCAGUUCACGCGCCCCUCAAACCCCCCAAGUCGUACAUCUACCCCUACCGCAGAAUGGCCAAUGUGCUGCGCAGGAAGUAUGCCGCCGUGGUCUCCAUCGUGGACGAGGCCGUGCACAACAUCACCUACGCUCUGCGCAGAUACGGCUACUACCGCAACAGCGUCAUCAUCUAUUCCACAGACAACGGAGCUCAGCCCUUCAUGGGUGGCAGCAACUGGCCCCUGCGGGGUUGCAAGGGCACAUACUGGGAGGGUGGCAUCAGGGGUGUGGCCUUCGUGCACAGUCCCUUGCUGCGGCACAAGCGGAGGGUCAGCCGGGCUCUCCUGCACAUCACGGACUGGUACCCCACUCUGGUGCGCCUGGCCGGAGGGGACGUGUCCCAGGAGCAGGGACUGGAUGGCUACGACAUCUGGCCCGUGCUCAGUGAAGACAGGGUGUCUCCGAGGAUGGAAAUCUUGCACAACAUCGACCCACUCCACCCGCGUGGUCUGGGGUCCUGGCUGGCUGGCCAGGGCUUGUGGGAUACGGCUGUGCAGGCAGCUAUACGCGUGGGGGACUGGAAGCUCUUGACUGGCAAGCCCGGCCAUGGGGACUGGGUCCCGCCGCAGGUGCUGAGCGACUUCCCCAGUGGCUGGUGGACCCUGGAGCGAGAGACGGGAAAAAGGCAGCAGUCGUUGUGGCUUUAUAACAUCACGGCCGACCCCUGUGAACGGACAGAUCUGUCCACUAAGAGGCCUGAUGUGGUUUGGAAGCUGCUGGAGCGGCUGGCGCAGUACAACCGCACGGCUGUACCCGUGCACUACCCGCCGGACGACCCUCGUGCCAAUCCAGAGGUGAACGGGGGCGCGUGGGUCCCCUGGGUGGAUGAUGAGGAACAGGAGAGUAACUGGAAUGGUGUCUACUACCAGCUGGGGAGGAACCGCAUCAGGAAGAAGAGCAGGUUAUUCAAAAUGAGAUCCUUCUUUAAGAAGCUGAAUUCAAAGAUCAUGUCAAACAGAAUAUAAGACCCACACUGUUAACUACUGCACACACCCACACACACACACACACACACACAAUCUUUUACCUGAGCCUUUACCACUGCAAGAACAUAAUGGGGAUGAGGAUAUUGACUGUGUAGCUGUACACCACCUAUAAACUCCAGGAAUGCUUUAGUAAAUGUAUUUUGCUCAACAGUGAGUUCUGUGAUGUACAACCUGUGUGACAACAUGAAUGUCAUUCCUGUUACACUCCCACACUUUACCCUCGGCCUCAGAUCCUGGUUAUUGGUGUGAUGUCACCAUCAAAGACCAGGAGCUCACAGUAUGUUUGAUAACACCAGCUGGAGACCAGAACCACACAGCACAGCAGGCACCUACAUGUCUGGGCAGGCUAGACAGCUCAGAGAGAAUCGUCCUGCUUCUCAGUGAUGUCUGUGAGCCCUGGCGAUCAGAACUGCAGAUUAUUGUGCACCUUUCACAAAUAAAAGAAACACAGAUGUGUAGUUAUGCUCAGUCAUACUGAAAACAUUUGCUGUGUGUGCGUGAAGCAAAUGUUAAACCACCUAAAAUGUAAAAAUAACGUUCACAAAGGUUGAAACUUCUCUAACGUUUGCUUGCUAAGAUGUGUUACAUUUUAAAGAAGACAUCUUCAAUAAGGCCAUUAAAGUACAUUUGGAGUAAAUCACUUGAACCUGAAACUUUGAUUUGCUUUAUGAGUUGUUUAUUUCUCUGUCAGUUGGCAUUGCUGAAGGUACUGUUAUUAAACCAUUGUCUACUCUGAUUGUUUUUUAUGAAACCUACUCUGCCUACUCUGAUUGGUUGGUAGCAGUGCUUUGGACACAGUGCCAGUACACACUUUAUUUUGAGCGUGAGCGAUGAGGACACACUACGUGUCCCUGCGGGUUCAGAUGGACGGUGUUUCAGUUGGUAUUAGACUGUUUUCAUUAGCCUUUACUUCAGUGUGGUAGGAGCUGUGGACCUGCUGACCCAGGUAGCUGACCUUAGGCACAGGGUGCCACAACCUUUGACUGUCAUACAGGCAGGACAUGAGAGCGCAGCAUGAGGAAAUGUCCAUUAUGUUCAGCAUAUGACCACGUGGUCACGUGUGUUUUCUGUAAUGCCAAAACAGUUCAAAAGUAGUGCAGUCAUCUAUAAAACAGUCACUGGCUCAGAGAUCCAUCUGUGCCUUUAGAUUACCUCUGUAUGAUAAAAUUAAAAAGAAGGAAAAACAUGAAUUAUGAGUUGGUCUGAUUUUUUUUUAUCUGCUGUUCUGUACAAGGACUAAUGUGGCUCUGUCUAUGGUUCUGGGCGUCUGUGGUCCUUAGGCGUCUGUGGCCCUGGGCGUUGGUGGUCCUUGGGUGUCUUUGAUUCUUGGUGUCUGUGGUUCUGGGCAUCUGUGGUCCUUGUGUGUCUGUGGCUCUGGGCGUCUGUGGUCCUUGGGUGUCUGUCAGAGUUUAAAAAUGCACAGCUCUCCUUCACAAUGGGCAAGGCAAAGGUCAAAUGACUUCUACUGACCAAUAAAAGUAUUCAGUGUCUUAAUUGCAUUUCCCUCAGUGAUGGCACCCAUCAGAUGAAUAAAUUAUCACAGCGACGGACAUGCUGUACACGCGUUAGUUACCUCUGAAACCUCAUGAGAGCGGGAGGUGUAGCUGCAGCUGAUUACUCCUUCUAGUACAGUUUUGACACUUACUGAGCAUUGUAAGGAAAAGAACACAGUAUGUUGACAUAAGGAUGAUGUUUUAUUACGAACAGCAAACACAUGUGAAGCUGACUAGAAGCACAGGACUCCGACAGGUCUGUUGUGAUGUGUGCUAGCAUUAGUGUCUCCUGUUACACAUGUAUGACGGGCAUCAGUGUAUCCUGUUACAUGAUUGUGACAGGUGUUAGUGUCUCUCCAGACUGGGAGAACAGCUGUAUGAGUCACCCUUUCAUAAGCUCUGGGAUGAAUAUAAGUAAAUGACCAAGAGGAUGUAAUAUUGAUCAUCAUUCUCAGAGAUGCUGUUAAAAAUGUAUAAAUGACAAAUUAUUUACAUUUGUAAGCAUUUAUAAAAUGAUUUCUGAAUAAAGUUCAUAUGACAUA